CUUGCCUUUGCGGCUUUAGCUUGCAGCACCGUCGUCGCAGAGCCCUCGAAUCCUGACGUCUCUCCGCUCUCGUCGAAGGUAUCUCCUGAUUCUGCGGCCAAAAGAUCCCUUCGGGUUGCAGGCCAACAAGUUGUCCAGAGCGGCAGGGGGAACGGGUACGGUGGGAUAUGGAAAUCCAUCACCCAGAGUACUAACAAGAUCGUCCACAAAUCGGGUGUCAAACUGAGCGCACUCAUCGAGAAGGCCAAGAAGGCGACCGGUAAG